AUGUCGAUAGCUAUAGCUCAAUCAAGGCACAUUUUUGGUGUCAAACCAACAGUAAAUAGUAACAUCUGCUACCAUGAUGAACAGACUAUUGUUUAUCCUGCUGGUGCCAAUUGUAUUUUAUACAAUAUUGAUCAGAAGACACAGAAAUUUAUUCCUGGAACUGAUAAAAGUGAUGGAAUGACAUGUCUAGCUGUGAGUCCAAACAGAAGAUACAUCGCCAUAGCAGAGAAAGGAGAAAAACCCACCAUCACAAUCUAUGAUUUACAUUCUUUAAGAAAAAAGAAGGUUUUGAGCAGUCCAGAUAUUCAAUCAGGCGAAUAUGUCAGUUUGGCCUUUUCCCCAGAUUCUAAAUAUCUGGUAGCUCAAGGUGGAAAACCUGACUGGACCUUACUCUACUGGACAUGGGAGAAAUCAAAAGUCAUGGCUUCAGCAAAGACAUCAAAUGCUCAGAAUACUGCAGAGGUUUACCAGAUAAGUUUCAAUCCACAAGAUAAUACACAAUUAUGUGUUGUUGGAAAUGGAAUCUUCAAACAUUUUCGCUACAGUGAAGGGAAUCUGAAACCAUUCAAUUUCCAAAAGAUUGAACCUCAGAAUUAUCUUUGCCAUGCUUGGGUUUCUGAAGAACGCAUCAUAGUGGGAACUGAUACUGGAAAAUUGAUGUUAUUUGAAGCUGGUGAAUUGAAAACAGAAAUAUCAAAUGGAUCCAUACAGAAAGAUGAUGGUAAUCAUAGUAAUCAAAUUGGCAUAAUGGGAAGGUUAAUGUUGUUAAUUUCUUUUUAUUUUAUUCUUAUAUCCAUCAUGGCAAAAUUAUAUGUAUAUUUUCUUGUAAUUGAUUAUUUUUUUCAUUUCAGAAAAGAUACUGAUUCAACUCAAGCACCAACUGGACCUCCACAAAUUACAGCUAUUGUGGCCUAUUCUAAAGGUUUCGCUAGUGCUUAUGGUCAGGGUACAGUUCAUUUAUUUGAGAAGACUGAUGAUAAAGAUUUCUUUAAGAAAACACGAGAAAUUAAGAUACCAGCAGAUAGUAAUAGUACAGAUCCUAGUAAAUCCCAAUUACAACAUAUUAAAUGUCUAACUGUUAGUCCAUCUGAAGAAACAUUGGUAGCCUCCACAGACCUGAGUCAGUUAUAUUAUUUAACAUUGUCUAGUGCUGAUCUUGGAAAGCAUGGGGAUCAGGCAACUUUUGAAGUAUUGGCUCAGUCAUUCCAUUAUGGUCAAAUUAUGGGUUUAGAUGUUUGUAUCAGAAAACCAUUGAUUGCAACAGCUUCAUUAGAUAGAUCUGUUAGAAUCUGGAAUUAUGAAACAUGUAAUUUAGAGUUGUAUAAAGAAUUUGCUGAAGAAGCCUACAGUAUUGCUCUCCAUCCCUCCGGUUUAUAUAUAUUAGUUGGUUUCUCAGAUAAACUACGUCUAAUGAAUGUUCUUAUUGAUGAUAUAAGAACAUUUAAGGAAUUCACUGUAAGAGGUUGUAGAGAGUGUUCUUUUAGUAAUGGUGGCCAUUAUUUUGCUGCUGUCCAUGGUAACGUUAUUCAGAUCUAUUCCACUACAACCUUUGAUAAUAUUGCCAAUUUGAAAGGUCACAAUGGUAAAGUGAGAUCUAUAGUAUGGUCUGCUGAUGAUAGUAAGAUUGUAUCAUGUGGUAUGGAUGGUGCUGUUUAUGACUGGGAGAUCAGUACUGGUAAACGACUAUCUGAAAUAGUCCUAAAGUCUUGUAGUUAUACUGGAGUCACUGUAGCACCAGAUGGCAAGACAACAUUUGCUGUUGGUUCUGAUAAAACUCUGAAAGAGAUUUCUGAUUCUUCAGUUAUACGUGAAGUACCAACUGGUGAUAUGACAUUGAGUAAUUUGGUAUUAUCACAUUCCGGUAGAAUGCUGUUUGCUGGUACUGUUCGUGGUACAUUAUGGUCAAUGAAAUUUCCAUUAGCUGUUCCUGGAGAAUGGCAGGAACAUCAAGCUCACGGUUCCAUGAUUAUAAAGAUGAAGAUAACGUAUGAUGAUCAGUAUUUGAUCACUGUAUCAGAAGAUGCUACUAUUAUGUUAUGGAAGAUACAAGAUAAAGAGGGGAGAGGAAUGAAAAGAGAUAAGGAAGUAGGAUGGGCUGAAGAAAUUCUCAUCACCAAGAGUGAUUUGGAAGAAAAGAAUUCUCUAAUGGCUGAAUUGAAAACUAGAGUAGAAGAAUUAAAGAUGGAGAAUGAAUAUCAACUCAGAUUAAAAGAUAUGAAUUAUAAUGAAAAGAUGAAGGAAUUAACUGAGAAAUUUAUUCAAGAAAUGGAAUCAUUGAAAACUAAAAAUCAGGUUUUGAAAACAGAAAAAGACAAAGAAGAAGCCAAACAUGAAGAAGAAAUCGCUGAAUUGAUCGAGAAAUAUGCUAAAGAGCAACAAGAUUUAGAGUCUGCAAAUAAUCAGAAAUUGAUGCUGGAAUAUGAAAAGUUUCAAGAACAACAAGCUAAAAUGAUGAAAAUGCAAGAAGAUUAUGAAAGGCAGCUUCAGGAAAUGGAGGAAAGUAAAGAACGAGCAUUAGAAGAAUUAACAGAAUAUUAUGAAACUAAAAUAUCUGAAAUGACAUCAAAACUGGAACAGGUAAUGAGAAUACGUGGCCAGGCAAAAUUUGUCUUACCAAUAUCUGUAUUAUUUAAGUCUAAUGAUGAAGCCAAUCAGAAGAAUCGAGAAUAUGAAGAAACUAAACGACAAAUUGAAGAAGAUGCUGACAGAGAAAUAUUAGAUAUUAAAAAUAAAUAUGAAAGACGUUUAAGAGAUGAAAAGGAAGCUAAUAUGAGAUUGAAGGGAGAAACUGGCAUCAUGAAGAAAAAGGUAGGUAUGGUUUACUGCCACAAACUAUUACUUUGGCUAUCAUGUCUUGAUUAA